CAUACUGUCACGUGUAGUUGAACGUAUCACUUUAAAGACUUUAAUAUGUACGCUCCUGAGAAGAGAAGUUGCACACUGAAGCGCAGACGUUACUCGAACUUUUCGGCUAUAAUAACCGCUAGCGGCCGAUCACGUAUGUGACAUGGCGUCCGGGUAGAAAGAAAGUUGACUGUUAAAUAAGCGUUAAUGUUGUUUUUAUGACAUUGACCGACCGAAAAGGGAACAUCCGAGGCCGCGAAUUUCCCACAGACACCGGCAUUGAUGGUAAUGCAUGCGAGGAAACCACAAAGGAUCAGCGAUGGGUACUUCGAAAAGCACCAGACCCAUCCCUAUCAGAACGCAAAGUACAGCAGUUCUAAGGGUGGCUACUCCUCAUCGACAACAUCAUCAGAUAGUCGUUACGAAGGACGUAUGCGAGAUUCCCCAAAUGGCAAUUCUUAUAGUCCAGCAGGGGGCUUGGGUAUGGGCAUGGGAACAGACAGAGACAGUCCUCGCAGCUACACAUCCAAGCCCCUAUACAAGAAGGAGAGAGAAAAUAGAGACUACAAGUUAUCCUCCUCUAGGGACAAGUAUUCGGAUUGUGCACGAUCCCCAAAAGACAAGAGAAGCCGUGAGAGCAGAGAUUCAGAACACAGGACCAACCACGAUAGGAGUAGUGGAGAGAUUUUACAUCCUAUAAAAUUAUCAUCAAAUUCAUCAAGAGAGUCUUCAUCUCAAAGAAAACCAUCACACAAUUCCUGUCAGGACAAACGUGGUGAUGAGCGAGGAGGUACAAUGGAACGUUCGGCCAGGUUUGGUGAUUGGUCAGAACACAUGAGUUCUUCGGGCAAGAAGUAUUAUUACAACUGUAAAACAGAAGUUUCUCAAUGGGAGAAACCACGGGAAUGGAUUAGUCGAACAGAAAAUCGACAACGUCAGUCCAAUGAUUAUUCUUCUAGGUCAAGUCAUGAUAAACAUUCCAACUCGCGAUCAAAUAGCAGUAGCAGUGUGCGAGAUGGUAAAUCAUCGCGUCAAUCCGACAAACGAGAAUAUUGGAGUUCAUGCAGUGGAAGCGGUGGUGGUGGUAGUAGAGAAGAUGUUUCGGUUAGGUAAAGAGAAAGAGAGAAGGAACGGGAACGAGAACGAGAACGUGAAAGAGAUCGGGAACCAUGUAGAGAAGAAGCAGGGGUGGAGCGUCAAGCUCAGGAUAUGGAUAUUUCUCCAGGUGAUUCUACACCAACUUCCGAACCUCUAACAUCUUGUACACAUGAUCCACUGCCUCAAGGUCCUGUUUCGUUGGCCACUGCAUUACCUCGGUUAACAUCACACCCGCCAUCUACACCACAAACACCUGGAAAACUUAAUUCACCAACGCAACAACAAGGAAAUAGUAAUGCUCCAGGACCACCCGUUUCGUUAGCAAAUCUUCCGAGACUUUUAUCUCAAAUCACAGGCAAUAAAGAACAACCCGAUAUUACUCCACAAAAAGCACUACAAACACUUCAAACAGCCGCCAUUCUGUUGUCAAGACAACAGUCGGCUAGUGGAGACCGAAAUAAUAGUGGAAAUGAUGUAAUGGUCCCGCUAAAAGUUGAUACAAGCGGCAAUGUUACAAGUGAGGGACCACCUACUCCUACACAUUCGGAAACCCAGGAUUGCAUCGAUGCUCGAAAAUUAACAAGUCCUGGGGGGACGAAUUCUGGAGUACAAGGUUUAAGCUCAUUGCAAAAUCUUAGUACAUUAGGUUCCCUUGGAAAUUUAAGUAAUACAGGUUUACAAGCAUUGUCUAGAGUACAGCCUCCUUUAACACCUUCCUUAACACCAUCACUUGCUAAUCACUAUCGGGAAGAUUUAACGCAACAUGUGCGUGCCAAACCUGCUGAUAUUCUUGAAAAACAGGCACAGAAACUUAGUGAAGAAGCACAUACAAUGGGAAGUUUACAGUGUACAAGAGUGUCGGCAGAGUUAAAGACAGCACGAUCGAUAGUGAGGCUGACAGAAAUCCAGGCAACGUUACAGGAACAAAGGAUAUUAUUUCUUCGUCAACAAAUUCAAACAUUGGAGGCGCUAAAAUCCCAAAAUUCCUUCAUGUCUGACGAUUCUUAGUGUAAGAAACUUUAUAAAGUAAUUAUAAUUACGAUCUAUAAUUAAUUCAUGCAAAAAAUAAAACAUAAUUAUUAAUAUUCUCAUUAAUAUUGAAUAAUUAAGAUUGUACCUAAAUUAUAAUAUCAUGAUAGAAGUGAUAAAAAUAGUAAUGAAUAUGGGCUGCCCAGAGAGGAUUGGCUGUUCCGUUUAUCAGCUAAUGAGUCUUAUUACAAUUGAUUAGGAAACCCACCUCUCUGGGAAGCACAGGAGGCCUAUCCACACGCAAACACAACACACUAAGUAAAUAGAAAAUGAAUCUAUUCUAUCAGUUCAUUGCAAACUAUUGAAUUGUCCACAUCGUCUUGUAUUACCUAUGUUAUACGUGUCAAUGUUUCAUAUCCCAAGAUUAAGCGGCAUUUUAACUAGUUGAAACAUUUUUGUUGUAAAUCUCGGAAUAAAAUUCGUGCCAGAA